ACUUUGUGUAUAUCUACUAUAAAUAAUGAAGAUCAAUUAUAAUCAUCUGCCUGUGAAAGUGCAUUAUUUUUUCUUUAAUGCGAGUAUGGGUGCUUUUACAGCAUAUGUACCAGUUUACGGCAGGCAACUUGGUAUUUCGCCAUUAAUUAUGGGCAGUAUCAUCGCGCUUUUGCCUAUUGGCAGUUUGCUCGGUAAAUUACUAAUCGGCUACGCCGCGGAUUAUUUUCUCACAUGGAGGAAAAGGAUAUUCAUGACACUGUUCACCGUCACGGCUAUAUCUUUCAUGUUGAUGUAUUUUUUGCCGGCUCUACCCGGUCCGAUACUACCGGACCACCAGUUUCAAAAUGUUUCUUGCGAGUGUCCACCGCCUUGCGACAUGGAUUAUCACGCAUCAGUACUGGCAUCGUGCAACGGUACGAAAGACACGACGUGUCAUUGGAUGUGUAAGGAUAUGAAUUUUUCCAUACGAUUAUCGUUUCAUGGAGUCGAAAAAGAAGCAAUUAUCUCACCGGAUACUACAUGCUUAUUAAAUGUCAAUGAAUCGUCAUUGUGUCAAAGAAAUGAAACAGCAUAUAAUAAUUGUAACGUUACCUGUGACAUUUUUGAAGACGAUCGAUGUCUAUACACGUCUGUUACUUUCUGGGGCUUUGUCAUCUUGAUGUUUUUUGGCAUAGUUGGUUUGUUCGUUUCCGCCAGCGUAAAUGAUACAAUUUGCUUCGACAUAUUAGGUACAGGUGGACAAAUGAAGUACGGCAAGCAACGACUGUGGGGUUCAGUCGGUUUUUCCCUUGUCUCACUUGUAUCUGGUUAUACAACAGAUUUGUGGUCACAAGGAAAAAUUUACAAAACUUAUACACCAGCGUUUAUUCUUAUGCUCGUAUUCAUUGUUAAUGAUUUGAUUUGCUGCAGAAAAUUAAAGUUGCCACUGGUGAAAUCGCCAAGUAUAUUAACAGAUUUAUAUACAAUUUUGAAAUUAUUACCAAUUAUUAUCUUCCUAUGUACCGCUAUUAUCGCUGGCAUUUUGGAAACUCUUACAAUGUACUUUUUAUUUUGGUAUAUGGAAGAUCUCGCUAUGACGACCGGUUAUAUGAGUCAAAUUAAAUUAAUAGAAGGUCUUACGUUAUGCACAGGUUUUCUCGGCAGCAAAGUAAUAUUCUUCUUUAUAUCUGGCAGAAUAUUGAAAAAAUUGGGUUACGGUUACACGCUUACCAUUUGUUUUUUAUGCUGCGCACUGAGGAUGGGAUUUAUAUCCUUGGUGCCAACGCCGUGGUAUGUAAUUCUGGUGGAAGGUACUUUGCAGGGACCAACGUAUGCGCUUCUCUAUGCAACAAUAGUGACGUACGCGAGCGUAAUAUCACCGCCCGGCACAUCGGCUACCGUUCAAGCGAUUGCGGCUGGGAUGAAGGAGGGUCUCGGAUACAUGAUUGGUAGUUUCUUAGCUGGUUUCUUAUUCGAAAAGAUUGGUGGUAGAAUGACUUUCAGAGCGUAUUCAGGACUCGCAGCAUUCGCUGCGUUAAUGUAUUUUAUACUUUAUGUUUCAUACCUAAGACAUACAACAAUAUACGCAACAGACGCACGGCAUAAUGUUGAAUGGAGAAAUCCUGAUGACGCGCAGAAACAAUGUGAACCAGAUGAAACGUAAUACGUUACAAAUAAUAAUACAUUCUAAAACAUCAUAUCUUAAUGAAAUUACACAUUACAAUAAUACGAAAAUGUAAACAUUAUAUAUAUAUUAAAUAUUAAUUUCUGCUGAAUAUACUAUAUUGCCUCGUCAUAUUUUAAGUCUGCUUUAAACAAUGCAAUAUGAAAGAAAAAUGUAUCACCGAUCGCUUGCUCGAAACUUGAACUGAGACAGACUCAAAAAGAUUUUGAAUUGUGCAGUCGAGUUAUUUUUAUUAUUCUGGAGUUUUACUUUUAUAUCUUUAUUCCUUUUAUAGAGUGCUUGUCGACAUUUAAAUGACAGAAUAGUUUCGUUAAGGAAGAAGCAAAUUGCCAGUCACUUCAACAAUGUUACCGCGAUAAUUCACGCGUGACAAUUUAUAUCGUGAUGUACUUACGCAACACAAGUUUACGGCGAAUACCGUGCGCGUUAAAUACGCAGAAAAAUCGUUUCGGUAACUUUUCGACAUCCUGCGUUGUCGUUCAACAUUUUUGGGGAGCGUUGUUUGUACCAAUUCCCUUCCUCUCUCUAAUACGAUACAUCGUAUAUUUAAUGCAGAAAUUAGAAACUACUUCGCGUUGCAUUAUCCCGCUAUAAUUAGCGAAUUAAUUGGACCGGGCGCUUAUCACGAGAAAUAAAUAUUCGGCGCGUUUACUCGUUUACUUCACCCACGGGAUUUGAAGCAGCCCGGGGAAAAUUCCCGUGGUACACUGCCAACGAGGAGAGGCCACAUUUGGCAGAUCUUGGCUCCUCGAUGUCUCCUGGACACGCAACGAAUUCGCGCGAUAACGCAUACGUCGUUGUCAUCGUCGUGGUCGUUACCGUCGUUGCCAAGUGCAGAUCGCGCAAUAUUUUACGGCGCACGAGGUGUUCGCGGCAGAUACGCGCGCGCGUUCUCUCCAGUAGUACGUACGUACGCCAAUCGGACGAACGACAUCUCUCUAAGAAUCGCGAAAGUGUCGUAAAGUUUGAUCGAUCGUAAAUUGGAUUGUUCCGCGGGGAGCACGUAGCCGGGAGGGGACCGGGGUAAGGCGAUAAAUGAAACUUGGAUGCUCGCGGAGAGGGGAGAGGGCGAGGAGGACGGAGGACGACGAGGCAUUCCGAGAGUAUGCUCCACUUUGGAUACGGAAUCCUCCUCCACUUUUACGCCGAAAAACUUCGCUUAUCGCUCUAAUUCGAAGGGCCGGCUUCGGGCGCCCGUGCGCCGGCAAACAAAGCAGUUUAUUAUGCACCGUUAGCGCCCGGAUAAUUUGUUUCUCGCAGACUCCCCCACGUGUCGCAACGUCUCGCCGUUUACGCACGGCGCGCUCUGUAUCCGCGAUAAUGGUUCAUUUCCGAGCUACGAGCCGAAACAAUUGUAAACCCGAAUCCGACGAAGCGGCGCGCAAGAAAAAUUUAAGAAACGCAAUAGGAAGGUCUUUAUUAAUAACAAAAAGUCUUUCGCGUGACACGCACGUCUCUCAACGCCUCCGGUCUAAUAUUUUUGUAGGAGCGCUCGCUCGUCCUUUCGCCGCGCUAAAAAUCGCGAUUAAUAUAUAGAAAAAGAUUUUGCCUUGCUCGAAGAACUUGUCUAAUUAAAACUUUUUAACGUCAAAACAUAUUAUUAAAACGAAACAUUUAAAAUAGAAUACGGUAGCAUGUUGAAGUUUUUUAAGAUAUCGCCAAAUAAGCAUUAAUUCUCUCACCAAGUAUAUUAUAGGAUAUUAUAGGAAUAUUCUUAGAAUACGUCCGCAGUACAUUCUAUGGAUUUUCAGAAUAUCACGUUAGGCUAUCACGUUCACUCUCACGUCUCGUUCCGACUUCCUUCCGAGAACUACCCCGUUUCUCGGGGAAAUCGCGCGCUUACGUUAUCUAAAUCUAGAAUCCUACUUUUGCUUUAUCGGCCACUUGUGUACGGCUUUCGUGUCCGCUUCACUUGUCCGUGCAUACCUUCGUUUCAUUAUUUACGUGUUUGUCGCUGUGUCAAAGAUGCUUACACGAUUAUACGAAGGAAUCAUUGGAUUCUUACGAAGCACGAAUAAUCAUGAUAAAUCGUAUCACCUGUCAUUGCCCACGUCCCAUCGUCAACGUACAUUAUUAAGCGCGAAGAAAUAUAGUCACACCAGUCUCCCCCGCGAUGUACGUACACGUGGAACGCGCGAAUUUGCUUGAGUAAUUUGCGGCAUGCGAUACAAGCGCGGUCAUUAUAUGAAUAUAACGCAUUCGUUGUUAACGCGGAGAGUUAUUGCCCGGUUGUACACCGGAUAGUGGCAAUCACACUGUCAUAACCCGAACGCGAUUAAAUCGUUAAAUAGACCACGGAUUAUAUACUUGACGUGAAAUUUGCUGAAAUCUAUACUGUGAAUGAUACACGUGGCGCACAAUAACCGGUAUUGAUCACCCAUCAGACACAAUAGGGUCAUGGAUAUUCAAACGAGGGUAUGGUGUCUAGCAACGCAGACUCCACAUCCUCUCGGCAAGGAUCUCUGAUAACGCGACACAAAGUAUUCUUGACACAUUUGAACUUAUUUUAUGCGGUAAAAAAAUAAAAUGACAUUGAGGGGAUCCUAAAGCCGCUGGCGAACUCGAUUAGUGUCGAUAAGGUAGGGCAGACGGAAUUAAAAAAUUAUCGGCAUUUUCAAUUCCAAGUUCUACUGGGUCUGAGAAAUUUAUGGCCAACCAAUUUGCAACUUUUACGGAAAAGCAGCGAUUUUGCUACACAUUGCUCAGAGAUUUUGGAUGGAAUUCUAGCAUCGUCAACACGUGACAGAUGUUUGACAGCCGCCUCUCUCGAAAUAGCCUGCAACUAUUUCUACACGCCCCACUGCUCCU